GGAACGUAGAUAUGUGCCGCGAUCGACGCAAUGUCUUCUUGUCCAGACUCUGAAGAAGGACUCUGCGGAAGCAACUAGUCAGUUAGCCACGCAAGCUGUGCAACCACGACAGGCACACAAUGUGGAGGAUAUAUGGGGAGAUCGCCAACAACAAGUGUCACCAUAUGCGCCCUUCCCUGCCUUUCAACCAUGGCCAGGCAGCUGCCCUCCACUUUGACAUCAUACAUACACUGUGCCGUAGAGUAUAACAACGUUGGCGAGGCCUUCUGUGGCUGCGCAAACCCCGCCUCUGACAUUCCGAUCGUCAACUAAUAUCCAACAUUGACUCGCCGCCAGGGAAGGUCGACGCGGGACAUACGGCGCAUUAGCAGGUUGCCAUCCCGCCUUUCGUGCUGCCGUGUUGCCGAGACAUGCGGGGCGAACGCAAGUCAGGUUAUGGCCAGGUGUGGCUGGUGAGGGUACUUCCUGGGAUGUGAAGCUUGGACAAUGAUGUAGAGAAGCAUGGAGAUACUUCGAUAUUGAAGGGAUGGGAAGAGGUUAUGACGACAGAUUCUGGAUAUCUCGUCAUUCCCUCAGCUCGGCCAGGUUCGCCUUGGAGGAAUAGAAUAUCCGAAUGGGUACUUAAAUCCCCUCCCUUCCAUCAACGAGAACAGUCACUAUCACUCACAAACACUCGCAACAUACCUAUCACUUCCUCACAACAAACCAAACCAAACGAAACCAAUCCACAAACCAACACCUCAAAACUCAAAACACUACUCAAAAUGGCUGGACUCCUAGGAAACCUUACCAACUCGCUUGACAACACCCUUACCGGUGGUGACGAGGCACAAGGAAAGGGUGGACUUCUCGGCAGUGUAACAGGCGCCGUUGGGCAGACAGUCGAUGGCGCAGGACAGGCCGUCGGACAGACCACGAGGGGUGUUGGGAACAUCGCUGGUGGAGCAACGAACACAGUUGGUGGGCUUGUAGGAGGAGCAACCGGACAGGGCGGCCAGGCAGCCCAGGGCGCAGCGGGACAGGGGGGACAGGCUGCUCAAGGUGCAGUGGGACAGGGGCAGCAGGCUGCCCAGGGCGUUGCUGGACAGACGAGGAAUGCUUAGGUUGGAUGAUAGAUGACAUAUACGCCCAAUAUAAUUACAAAACAUAACAAAACAUAAUCUCUGCAGUUCAAAGUUUCU